AUGGGAAGUUCAAAACCUCUACGAGCUUCUACUAUGGGAAAAAGAAGAAAUCUAAGAGCGAGCUCUAAUUCCCCUCCACCACCUGCCACUAUUGGCCGUUCAAGUUCAACACGGGCCCUUCACGCCAAGAUAACCAGGUCGACCAGAGGUAUUGGAGAGCCAUCCACGCCUGUAAAUGGACCUUCUAGUUUAAUGAUGACUGGUACAAAAUCUCACACUGCUCAGCGAAACUAUACUUUCGAAGAAAAGAAAUGGAUAUUUGAGCAAGCAGAAAGAGUUAUUAGCGGUGAUCGUACCUGGGAAGAUGUUACUGCUGAUUUCAACGCCACUUACAAUAGAACGAAAGAAGCUAGGAUGAUCAAAAGUUAUUAUACGCUUCAACAACGUGAAAUUAAGCAUGGAAGAGGCGUGGAUCCACGAGGAAUUAAUGGCCAGAAUUCCAUAGAGAUACCAGCAUUGAAGAAGACAGCUCGACGUAAGCUUGUCUUUGUCGAUCCUGCGGAAUCGGAUGAUCGCGAUGAGCUUGGUCCAGACAUUACUCCCAAGGGUAAAGGAACGCUUCCCGGCCCUAUAAAAUCAGAUGCUGCUAGAACAAUAGCUUCAAAAAGUGUCUCAGAGGGUAGAGGACGGCCCCGGAGCGCAUCUGAUGCUGUAUCUUCGGGCCCAGAGUGGGUAUAUGAGUCCGGAGCUCAUAAAAGAAAGAGAACAGUUUCACCAGAGGAGACAGCCGUGAAGACUAGGAUUUCUGCCCAGAAACCUGGAAUAAUUCUGCGACCAAGGGGGGAUUCGAAAAACCAGGUGUUAAAAAACUCGAAAUUAGUAGCAAAGCCUAAAAAAGCUGCGAAACCGGUUAAAGAAAGCGAUGAUGAGGAUGAAAGCAAUGUCGAGGAUGACUGGGUGGAAGCUGCCGAGUCUGAAGAUGAGGACAGCGACGAUGCUGAGAUUGCUGAUCUUGAGGGCUACCAAGAGUCAACCGCGAGCGUGGAGACUGGGAUUGAUAGUGAGAAAAGCCAAAGGGAGGAAGAGGAGGCGCAACAAGCCCCGGGUAAAAAGAAUGAAGAUGAUAAGCAGGAGGAGGUAGCGGAUUCAGUUAGCGACGAAAAAGCUAUUGGAAUUGAGCAGCUUCCAUUCAUAGAGGAGCUAGAUAUCUCCGCCAACGAAAACAGUGCCAUUGGCGAGAUCGACAACCAGGAAAGCCCGGAGAAUGAAGGAGGAAAUAGUACUUUUGAGGAGAGUGCCAAUACAUCAGCUACCCGUGUAAGGGAGGUUAUCGACCUGAGGAAUGAUGCCGAUAGUAACAGUGAACUAUCAAAAGUUGAGUCUCCCAACGAGGAGAUACAUGGUAAAUCUGUUGCCUUAAAAUCCGUUACCUUAAAAUCCGUUCUGGAUAGAGAAGAUGAGAAAGACGAUGAAAGCGAAGGGGACGUUGAAGAUGACAAAGACGACGAUUAUGAAGAAGCUACUGAAAUGGGAUUCGUCACUCCCAUCCCUAUAAACUUCGGGCAGGAUCUCACCACACCUUCUAUUUCGUCUUCCGUACGCAAAACAACCAACGAAAUCAAACCAUUAUCUUCAAUUAACUUAAAUCAAAUUGAUCUUGAACACAGCAGCCUACCUCUUCCAGGUCAAGACGAGAUGGAAAAAGAUUCAGUUAGUUGUGCUGAUGCCGCUUCCCAAGCGGAUGCACAGAAACAAAUCCAGGAAAAUCUCGGAAAAGAAAGUGCUCCAGUGAAGCAUUUUGAUAUUGUGUAUCAAGAUGUUGUUCAAGCAACUGGUAUUGACAAUUCCAUCGCUCGCCAAGUCCUCGCACCCCCAUCUACCGACAAGGAUAAUGAAAUUCAAGCUCCUGUCUCUCCUGAAAAACCACAUCUUGCAAAUAGCUUAACUGGUCGUAGAAAACUCUUGAAAGGGAAUUCUACCCAUGAGGAGCUCGGCAAGGCCAAGACAGGGUCAGUUGCAGAACUGGCAGCUGGAAGGGGUAGAGCGAAAAAGGGUCUCACAUCACCGAAAAAACUUGCCUCUACGAACACUCCCGGCACUGCCGUCCAUGGCGGGGUCGUGAGUGGAGCCCGAGAGGGUUUUAGUGUGGCGGAACCCUCGGGCGAGAUUAUUUCAUUGAGACCACAUGAAGCACAGUCUUCUAAACCGCGACUGGAGACGGAAGAAUUACUUGAUAUUUCUCCAAGAAGCUCAGUUGGAUCUUUAAUGACUUUCGCUCAUGCGAGAAGGAGUAUUGGGAGUUCCAAUUCCCUUAAGGAUCUGGGGAAAGAUAUGGAGCACAGUAGGGAUAGGGAAGGGGUUGCUGGUAUCGAUCACAACGUUCGAGAAUCUGGUAAGCCCUAUCAUCGCCUUAGUUUAGAGAGGUAUAAAACGCUUAGGGUUGGACCUUUGAUACGCGCUACUCUUUCUAAUAUGAACUUUACUUACGUGAAUGAAGACACAGAGGUCAUUAGUAAUACCAACGAAGAGAAGACACAGAGCAUCCUUGACGAAGGAAUGUUCCAAACGCUCGGAGCGGUUCCUAACUUAAAGAAGAAUACGAAAAGGGCCAUCCCUCAAGCUUUGGAAUUAUCUAUCGAAACCGCGCAGUUACCUAUCAAAAGGGUAAGGUUGGCUCACGCCAAGAACGAAAACACUAUUGAUCGAGCUGGAGCUGCAACUAUAUGUGGAGUUUCGGUUGGGCCGAUAGUAGUCGCCGCACCCGCCGAUAUCUCUCCUCCAUCUAAAACUCAAGUUAUGUUUGCUAAAAAUGAGGGAGGGAUUCGUCGUAUUUAUGUCGAUCGCGGUGCUAUUGGUACAAGCGUUCCCUCCGCUAUUCCAGGUCCCAUAACAUGGAGGAGGAUAUAUGAGGAACGCGCGAGUCUUCUUGACCGAGUCCUCACUACUGAGUUUCGAGAACUUGUGGAAGCCUUGAAAGAAGGGAAAAGUGAUAGACGUCUGUAUAUCUAUACCUGCUCACAAUCCGCCAUUGAGUGGGUUACAGUUCACCAUCUCAAGGCUAGAAAGACACAGUGGAGAACUCAAUGGGGAAUUCAGGUCCCACCACGUGACCAGGCCUUGAUCGAGGAGGCUGUUAAAUUGCUCGAGGAGCGAAAGAAUAGCGGGAAAGAAACCGAGUUCAAGCGUGUUUGGGGUGGACAAAAGGUUUAUGAGGGCCUGAUUUUAGAGGCGCAAAGGGAAUAUCUUGAGGCCCAUGGUCAAGCUUCGUCUGGAACCAACUCUUGA